AUGGUUAAAUCAAGCGAACGAUCGCGUUGUAGAGAAGAAGAAAAGUUAGAGAGAAGGAUUAGAUUGGAAAUAGCUGAGAGGAAGGGAGGUCAGGGAGCAGACAAGGAUCGAAGGGAGAAGAAACCCAGUGAGGUGCCAGGGGCGGAGGAGCAGAGGAGGAGGGAGAAGGCGGGGGUUGAGAGCAUGAAUGGGGACUCCGAACGUGAUAUUCGUGCAUUAACAGCUGUGAAUGUCGCCAUGCUCCGCCUCUUCUUCCUCACGCUUCUCCUCCUUCCAUGGUACAUGGAAGCGACGCAGUACGAGGACGAAAUAGUUCAAGAGGACUCGAGCAUACGAGCUCGAUGCCUUCAGUUCAUGGGGAGGGUCAACGGGGCAGGGAGAAAGACAUGGCGGCGCGAGUUGGCGCGUUCGCUGGGAAAGUUAGCAUGGGGGAUGCCGGAUUGCGACGUUGACAGGAAACUCAAGGAAGAGAAGAGCGGAGGAUGUGACAAUGUCUCUUCCUCCCUUGCGAGCUUCGCCUUCAAGCCUCUGGUCAUACAUACCGUAAACAACGCCAUGGACUGGCAGCACUUCUCCGUCGACUCUGUGCUUACCUGCAAGGAUUCCUGCAUCUGGGCGGGGCGGCCCCUGCGAGCAGCGGACGUUCUUGUCUUCGACUGCCUGACGACUCCGACGAGGGAGAUGCGAGAGAGGAACCCGCGAGCCGUCUGGUUGUUCCUCUGCAUGGAGUCAGAGUUCCAUGUCAGGAGGAUGAAGGACCCUCAGUUCAUGUCGCUCUUCGAUAUCGCAGCAACCUACCGACUGACAUCGCAACUCCCCCUCCUCUACGCCCCUGGGAACCUCUCCUUGUACGACUACGGGGCCGGGCAGGAGCCGACGAAGCUUCUAGUCUGGAUAGCUUCCAACUGCGCUCCAGCUAGAGUCGAGCUGGUGGAGGAGCUCAUGAGGGUGGUCGAAGUGCAUUCGUACGGACAGUGUCUGCAUAACAGAGACUUUCCGUCGGUGGAGAAGGUGUUCGGAUCUGAGAAGAUUCCUUUGUUAGCUCAGUACAAGUUUGUCUUGGCCAUGGAGAAUAGUUUCGUCGACGAUUACGUCACUGAAAAAUUCUAUCAGGCCCUGAUUGCAGGCUCAGUCCCUAUCUACCUUGGGGCCCCGAACAUUCAUGAGUUUGCACCUUCACCAAAUUCCUUCAUUGACAUGAGAAGCUUCGAGACCGUCUCACAGCUCGCCGAUUAUAUCCGCUACCUUGACUGGAAUGCUUCUGCAUACAAAGAGCUCCAUGCAUGGAGGAGGUAA